AUAAGAUGGGAGAAAAACAUAACUUUAGGAGAGCCGCCUGGGUUCUUACAUUCUUGGUGGUGUGUGUUUUGGGAUCUCUAUUGUGCGGCUCCUGAGAGAAGGGACACAUGCGACCAUUCAAGUGAGGCCAAAGCAUUUCAUGAUUAUGGUUUUGUUAAUUCAGGGUAUGGUCUUAACGGCAUGGCGCAUAAUCCAGCUGCCCCUAGUCCUAUAGGUCAGAUGCCCAAUCAAGACGGCAUGCCAGGAGGUCCAGGGAUGCCACCAGGUUUCUUUCCUCCAUUUAUGUCUCCGCGUUACCCAGGAGGACCACGAGGGCCGGGGAUACGUAUGCCUCCAGAUCAGUUCAAUGGUCCCCCAGGCAGUGCUGCUGGUCAGAUGCCUAUGCCUAAUAGUAUGGAACCCAGACCAGGUCAUCCUGGAAUGGGUCCUAUGCAGAGAAUGAGUCAUCCAGGAAGUAGAAUGUCCGGUCCUAUGAAUCCAGUUAGUCCGAUAAAUCCAGCUGUAUAUGAUUCUAUGGGACCAAGUUAUGGGCCAGCAGGUAUUCGAGGUCCACCACCUAACAGUAUGAGCCCUGGUGGUCCCGGACCUGGUGGAAUGCCUCCUAUGUCAUUACCUGGGGGAGGAAGUAGAUGGCCACCCUCAUCAUCCUCAUCAUCAUCAAUUGCCCAGGGUCCCCCAGGUACCCCUAUUAUGCCUAGUCCUCAAGGUACAUAUUCAACAAGCUCAGGUGAUGGAAUGUAUGGUAUGAUGAAACCAGGCCAGGGCUCAAUACCUGGGAUGCCACCUGGGUUUCCGGGUAUGGGUCCAGGGGGUGGUGAAGGUGGAAUGGGCAUGGGGCCAGAUGGUAUGCCUCCAGUAAUGAAUGGUGAUAUGGAUGGUAUGAAAAAUUCUCCGGCAAAUGGUCCAGGUACUCCUCGAGACGAUAUACCACAAAAUGGAAACGGGCCAGGGCCAGAUAUGGGUGGCUAUCCAAAUUUAGGUGGCUAUCCAGAUAAUGAAGGGGGAGAGAGUGCGGCCAUUUUAAAGAUAAAAGAAUCUAUGCAGGAGGAAGCUAAACGAUUUGAAAAGGACGGCGAACAUCCAGAUUAUUACAUGUCACAAUGAUAGUUGUCUCCCCUUUCCCCUUUCUCAUACAUCAUUAUUUUUUCAAAAUUAUCGUACCAUUCUUCUCAUAAAUGUUUCAUCUAUACCAUUAAUGUUCAACUUUUUUGUAAAGUUGAAAACUUAACAUUAUGAACUUUGAACUUAACGGCAUACAUGAGUGAAGAUAGUACCAUAAUUUAUGAAAAGAGUUUAAAUUUGUAGGUAUGAUACAAAAUGUUUAAAGUAUUUAUAAACGUAUGUGUGUAUUCUUUGUUAAUUGAUUUUCAUUGAUAGUAUGUCUUAAAAGAUAGUUACAUUGUACUUUAAAAUCUGAGAUUAAUGUUAUGGUGAUAAGGUCAAAGGUCAAGACUGUAAAAUUUAUAUUUAAUUUUUUUUAAGACAUUGCAUUGCACCAAAUCAAACUUUUAAGCAUAUUUCUUGGUUUCUUAACCUAAAGUUCAAAGCUGUUUAUGUUCAAACAAUAUUGUUCAAAUUUGCUACAAAAAAAAUCUGUUCAAAUUCAUUUAUUUAUUUUAUUCAAACUUUAUCAAGAUCUGUAUUGUCUUAACUAAAUGGAUUGAAAUCAUUUUAACGGAGGUAAACUUCAAAUGUUUGUUAUUGUCAAAUAAUGUUUGGUCUUAAUUUUACUCCAAGUUGUGUUGUCAGAGGGGUCACUGUUUAUUCAUCUUGACCUAAUUUCUUAUAUUUUUAAAGAAGUGGUGUUUUACUCAUCACAAGUGUGGGUGGGAUUUGUGGUUUUACACAUGUAACCAUCUUGACCUUGUUUGAUUAUUUAGUCCAUUCUAUAAAAGGUUAUGAGCUUGAUAUUUAAUGCCAAUUAUGGAACACAUACUUCCAACUUUUCAAUGUGCACAAUUGUUGAGUUUUUAAUUGGAUCAAGUUUGUCUAUGGUUGGUAAAACAUUCAGGGCUGCUGUAAGGUUCAUUUUGACUCCUUAAUCUUAGAAUGUCCAGUAUCUGGAAAUAAGAAUGUUAUUUGACUAGAGAUAUGGGAUUUCAUUGGUUGAAUAUUUUACAGUUUAAAGUCACAUGAAUUAAGUAGAAUCUCAAGUUUUCCAGAUUAAGCAAAUGUCAAUAAUAAUAUUAAUAAUAAUGAAAAUAAUAAUAAAAAAUACCCAGAAAUUUUGUAAUAUUAUCUGUCUUAGAAAAAAAUUUCUGUUCUGAAGAUGAUAUGAUACAGAAAAUGUUAAUUCUUGUGUUGCUAUUUGAAUGAUGAAGAAGUUAAAGACUGAAACAUUUAAAAGUUUAAUCAGGACUUUUUCUUGGUAAGUUAUAGUAAUUGUAAUAUUAAAUGUUAAAAUAGAUUGACAGUAUCUGGGUAAUUGACUGCCAAUGUUAGAAUUAUUGAAAAGUCUUACAAUAAGAGCCAGAAAGCAUGUACCAUUGUAUUAUUGACUGUAUAGUUCUCAAAUUUUGUCUGAAGGUCAAAGUUCAUGUGAUAGUAAUCUCAAAUUGUGUCUGAAGGUUAAAGUUCAAAGUAACUGCACCAGAGGGUCGGAGUUCAUAGUUAAAUGACUUUAAUAUUCUCAUAAUUGUACCUAGUGUAAGUAUUGAACCAUGUCUUGCAAGCAUCUUUUAACCUUAUUGUAGUUGUAUAGUUAAACUGUCUCAUUUACAUGUAUAUAUUUACAUGAGGGAAAUCUCAUUCAGAUUCAUAAUGUUGUUUACCGAAAUACAAAAAUUGUGUUCAAAAAUAUACAAAAUUCUGCCACAGUCAUCUUGAAUUAUCUCCCCCUUUUCUCUCUUUGAGGUCAUCUUGAAUUUAUCUCCCCUUUUGUCAUGAGAUUCAGAUCACUAGAAUUUAAAUCUUGAGAUUUUUUGUUCAAAGACAGCUUUUUUAUUUCUUUUAUCUGUUUUACUCUCUUUAUGGUUUCUUCACAAUUUGUUUUCUUUUGAACUUUGACAAAAUUUUAUUUCAAAAGUAUUCAUGUAUGUUUGGUUGAUUUACAUUUGUUUUGUUUUUGUUUUGCAUCUAGAAUUGAAGAUUUGCUUAGGCUUGUAUUUAUUAUUUUUAAGUUGUGUUUGAUCAUAAAAAAUAAAUGUUACUGUGUGUUACUGUACAGAAUUAACUUGUAUAAUUGUAAAUAGGACCUGUGUGAUUAUUUAUUUUUCUUUGAAAUCAGUGAUCUAUGCUGAUCAGUAUAUAUAUACGCAACACUGGUCAGUCAGGAUAAGUCACUCAUUAAAAUUGGAUCUACUUAAUGUAUACAGAAUAUGUGUAAACACAGUUCAAACACAGUACAGUAUUAAGUUGUUCAAAAGCAAAAGAAGUUGGAAGCGCAGCUGACAGAAAACAUCAUUUUAAACUGGAGAGAAUUUGACAUGUUUUACAAUCUUCCCAUAGCUAGAUAGAACCAAACAACCCUCUUUUCAUAUGGAAAUUAUUUUUUUUAAAUGAAUUAUUCAUUGGAAUGGCGUUGCUAUCUCAUAUUUUCUAGAAUCCUUAUAAAUUAAAAAAAGGUUUUUUGCAAGGUUUAUUAUCAGAAUUUAGUCAAGCAAGAAAAGUCUCAUUUGUUUAUUUACACAUUUUUCAUGUGAACGCUACUGUUUAAUGAUUUAAAGACUGUUACAUCAUUUUUUCAUGUGUACACUUAUAAUAAUAAUAAUAUUUUCAUUUAAAAUUUGUAUAUCCUACAACAUUGGUUAUACACAGUGUCAUUUACCUACUACUUGUAAUCUAUAUUGCCUCUACAGAACUUGUUCAAUGAAUCUGCCAGGAAUUAGGAACUAUCCUGUGAUAAUAUUGGGGCUUUGAUUUUAAAAUGUAAAAAAUAACAAGUCAGUAUGAAGUCUGGUCAGACUGAAUGGACAUGUAGGUUGGCAAGGCUCUAAACUGGUGGUACAGGCUCUGUUAUUAUACUCUCUAGUAUUCAGAGAUUGAAGUUGUUUUCUACUAUCAUUUAGUACACUUUAUAUUAUUGGUCUAAUUAUAUUUUUCUGUGUUUGAAAUGUGUUUACACGGACCAGUCAAUACGCAUUGUAUUAAUAUUAUAUAUAAAGUUCAGCAAAACAUGGUCACAUGUUUAUUUAAUAAAGGUUGAGAUAGUGUUCAUGUUGAACCCUAGGCAUGCAAGUCUAAAGAGAAAAAUUGUCGGUACUAAGUUAGUCACUGUGCCUUGAAAACAUAGCACCUCUUGUUGAAUAUGGUACUUGACUGUUUAAAUAUUGAAAACUUUAUUUAUUAUAUUUUUUUUGACAUUCUAAUCUAUGAUAAUGUUAAUGUUUUUCAAACCUUGAAAUAUUAAUUUAAGAAAUUGAAUAUAGAUCUUGUUGAUACCAUACCUCCAUUAAUAAACUUACCCAGCAAAACUUUCACAGCGGAAAACUUCCAGAUAUUAUACCCUAGUACUUCUCAACAUAGGUGCUCGAAAGGCUUAAAAUUUUGAAGUGUUUACCUUUAAUUUGUAACAAAGAAUUUUAAGAUAUUUUGUGUAAUAUAUUUUUGAUGGAUCAAGUUUCAGUUAAGGUAGACCCAGAAUAUUACAUAAAGAUAUCAUGAUUUUGAUGAGUAAAUUUUAGUACACUUUCUCCAACAACUGCAGUGUUGGCUUUGUUUUUUCUCGGUCAGUAGCAAAAUAGGGAGGCCAUUGGUCUUUUUCCAAAUAGUAUGCUAAGAGACCCUUCAAGUUUCCUUCUUAUACAAACUGAUGUAAAGGCACCAUGGGUUUUUUUAUCCGCAAAAGGAAAAUUUACUGGGAUAAUUUUAUUUUUUGAGGAUGGGAUUCCAUUUCCUCUUUUUGUGAGUCCCGAAGUCCAAGAGCCCACCAAAAUGUUAGCUUGGUUUUAUUUCUUCACAAGAAUACCAAUAGUAAUUUUUAACUUGUAUUAUAAUUAUCAGUAUGAUUUUAUUAUCAAUUUUCAAUCAGCAUAAAUAAAUACAAUUACAUUCCUGUAAAUUGUUUUGUAGAGUACUUGUUGUUUAAAACACUUCAUUGUUUAUCCAAAUUUAGCAAUAAGAUAUUAAUAUAUAUAUAUUAUAUACAUAUUAUAAUAAUUAUGUUAAGCUAGUAUGUAUUUGUUUGUUAUAUAUUCUGUGUAAUAUUUAUAUUAUGUACACAUAUGCAUUGAAUUAUGCAUUUUUCAGUAUUUUUAAGUUUUUACUGUCUGUAAGCAAUAACAGUGGGAAAUUUGAUUGAAUUUUUUUCUAACCGAAGUGAAAAGACUUAAUUUCUAGAGUUGUCAUUGAUUCAGUGCAAAGCAGAUUGACGAAAUAUUGGCAUCGGAUGACAAAUAUUGACAUUACACUGAUACACAUAUACACUGAUACACAUAUAUAUUUAUAAUUAUUUGUCUAUAAUUUACUUCCAUACCUGUGUUUAAAUGAUUAGAAGUAAAAUACAUGUUCUGACCAUACAAUUAUGAUGUGUCUUGUUUAUUAAUGCUCAUUGCAUGAUUAAAUUCUACCCAUGUUUUUCACAUAAUUGCUAUGAAAUAUGUCCACUACAUAACAACAGCAUAGCUGGUUCUAUAUACGUAUGAGCUGCGUCAUGAUAAAAACCAACAUUAUGUGUUUGCGACCAGCAUGGAUCCAGACCAGACUGCACGGCUGGGCAGGCUGGUCUGGAUCCAUGCUGGUCGCAAACGCAUUACGUUGGUUUUGUUGUGAUGCGGCUCAUAUAUUUGGGUGGAUUUUCAUAAUUUCGAGACAUAUAAUCAAUACUGAUUAUUCAGAAUAAUUAAUUUUUCAAAUUUGUAUUUGAUGAUUGAUCACUGGAAAGAGAUCAACGAUAUUAGUUUUUUUUAUCGAUGACAGCUCUACAAAUUUCAUGUCACAAUUAUUAUAUAGAGAUGCCAAUUAUGGCGACUGACUUACCCGUAUGCUGGUAAUAUAGACAAGUUGUCUUACUUUUUACUUUCUAAGUGUUAAAACUGAUGAAGGAAUUGUCUUAAAUGAGUAUAUAUAAUAUUGACAUCAAACUUUAUAUUUAAUCAAGUUUUCUGCUUCAGAUAUAUUUCACAUUGUUUUUAGUCAGUUUUAAUAACUAUUCAUCUAACUUUUAAAAUUAGCAUAUUUACUGUAAAACAAUUGGUUAGAAAAAUCAGGUCAUUUAGGUUUCUUAGAUUUUUCAAUGAAAAAUACUUAAGUUGAUAAUUUAGCACUGUUUAUUGUUGGCAUGAAUAUAUCUAUAUUUCUACGGUAUAUAUAUUUUUUAGAAUGACAAUUACUAUUGUGUUAAUGUAUAGUUUUGUUUUUAUUUGUCCAGGUUUAGUAAUCUCUGAUUUUAUGUGCGUUUUAUGAUAUGAAUCUGGGUAAGUUUUUGUUCCAAGGAUGGUAUCAAAAAUAUGGUGACCAGUCUAAGCUUCCAGCCUUUUUCAUUGGUUAAUUUCGAAAUUGUAGGAAAAUUGAACCAAUCAGAUGCUCGAAUUUUAGACUGGUCUCAAGUUUUGAUAGCCCAUAAUAGAUGGCAAUGGUAUAUGGCCAAGGCUUGCCGCAGAACAAUCAAUGUUUUUAUUUUACUUUUGACAAAGAGUAAAGUUAGAUACCACAUUUAAAAUUUCAUUUUAAGAUUAACUUACAUCUCUUUUUAGCCAUUGUCUUUUUUUUUAAGACAAGAUUUUUAUUUUAGACACUGAAACUGACCUCUUAAAGUUCACAAUUCUGUAUGUUAUUAAAGGUUUCACAAAACUUUAAAGAAUGCACCUGAAUUUUUUCUCCUCUGAUGUUUUAGAUAGUCAUACAUAAUGUAAUUUUAUCAUCUUAUUUUUAUUGUGAUGAUGCAAUGAUUUUUCCAGUAUAUUUAUCAAUUAUGCAAGAAAUAAUUAUCAAUUUUUGAAGAGUUUCAAAAUAAUGUAUAAAUAUGCAAGAUUUUAGUGAUUUACAUCUAGGUGACCAUUUGUUGAUGAUACUUUAGAUUUACUUAUUUGGAAAAAAAUACUGGUACAUGGAAUUAAGUACAGUCAUGUAUCAUGUUAGUUGGAGGAACAUGUUCAAUUACAUAUAUUUAAAGAAAAAGAUUAUACUUAUUUAUAUUAUUUAUAUUUGGAGAUUUAAAUGUAGAAAGAAUCAUUUUAAAAUCCUUAUUGGUAUUGCAAAUUAAGUGAACUCAAACAUUUGCGAGUCUGACAUACUCAUGUGAUCGGUUAGAACAAUCCUAAUCAAUGAUUGAAAAAUUAGAACAAGCGUAAUCAAUGAUUGAAAAAUUAGAACAAGCGUAAUCAAUGAGUGA